UAAAUUGUAGUUAUGUGUCGCAUUUAAAAACAAUAAACAAUUAAAUUUGGAUUAUGACAAAGCUGUGGAAGAAAUAUAUACUCUGGUUUGCACAGGAGCACGUGGAUUUUCGGGUCGCUGAGUUUGAGUCGAUUGUCAAUUUAUUUGGCUUAAAAUUUAGGCACCUAUCGCAGCAACUUCUGAAUCCAUUUUGGCUGGUUGAAUUUCCAAGCGAUGAGCAGGCACUGCAGUAUGCAUCGCGUUCCAUUGCCCUGCGCUCCAUUAUGGAGCUCUAUGCACACGGGCAUAAAAUGCCGGAAUUUCAUGAGCAACUCAAGACGCACGUGCAAACAAAUGGACAACAGCUGGAGGCAUUCUUCAAAGCGGAAACUUUUAAGGUCACUGUGGAGACCUACAACAAACACUUUAGCCAAAAGGAGAAGGUAGCUAAGAUUGAAAGCAUGGACUACUUGCCCAUUGAAGGUGAUGUGAAUCUUAAGAAUCCCACAGUUGAAUGGUGGUAUCUGGAGUUUUAUGGCCUAGACCCGACAGCUGUGCCUGCAACGGCUGAUGACAUAAUAUUCGGACGUGUGCUGGCCCAGGGCCAGCGACAUCUUAUCAAGGAGCUGUCGCUAAAAACACGCAAAUUCAUAGGCAACACUAGCAUGGAUGCACAGUUAAGUUUGCUAAUGGCCAACCAGGCGAAGGUGUGCGAUGGUGAUUUGGUUUUUGAUCCUUUCGUCGGAACAGGCUCGCUGCUGGUGAGCGCUGCCAAAUUUGGGGGCUAUGUGCUUGGCAGUGAUAUCGAUUUCAUGAUGCUGCAUGCUCGCUGUCGUCCCAGUCGCAUAUCACAAAAGGUGCGCGACAAAGAUGAGAGCAUACGCGCCAAUCUGAAGCAAUAUGGCUGCGAGCAACGCUACAUGGAUGUGCUGGUGGCAGAUUUUUCAAACCCACUCUGGCACAAUCGCAUUUCCUUUGACAGCAUUAUAACAGAUCCUCCUUAUGGAAUACGUGAGGCAACUGAGAAGGUGGAAAGCAAACAUAAUCCCAAGGAUGUCACACGCACUGCAGAUAUGGUGCAUUAUCCUUCCACUUCACACUAUGCUCUGCCACAUUUGUAUAGAGAUCUGCUGGACUUUGCAGCUAAAUAUUUGAGAUUAGGUGGACGUCUUGUCUGCUGGUUUCCUUUUCAUCGCGAAGACUACAAUGAAGCCAUCCUUCCGCAGCACACGCAUUUGCGUCUUGUGGCUAACUCUGAGCAGAUUUUGGCAGGCAACACAGCGCGUCGACUGCUCACCUACGAGAAAUACCUGGAGUACAGUGAAGAAACUGCACAGCAGUCACCAAGUGAAGAUGCCGUAGAGACUACGGACUUUAGAGAGCGCUACUUCAAUACCAAUGGUGCACUGGAGACACGCACAGUGCGACGCAUGCGGAAGGCAGAGCAACGAGAACAGGGCCGCCGUGAAAUGGAAUUACGUGGGAAACAACCCGUCGAUGUGCGGGCCCAGAAAUGUGACUUAAAUAAAGCACGUUUUGACUAAA